AACGCACGCGGCGACGAUGAACACCAUCUGCGCGCGCGCGGCGUGCGCGACCGUGAGCUGGAGCGUCCAGUCCGGAUCGAACCCGCCCGCUCGGGUGGGAUCUCGUCGGGCGUUCGCGAAGCUCUCGACGAAGUUGAAAAAGAAGAGCCUCGAUCGCGGGUUGGGGUGCGUCACGAGGGCGUCGGACGGGGGCAGCCCGGAGAGCACGACGAUGGACUACCAGGGCGCGCUCAAGUUCCUAGGCCUGAGCGAGAACGCGUCGUCCGAGGACAUGGUCAAGGCGAAGAACCAGAUGACGACUCGGUACGGGGACCAGGACGAGAAGUUGAAAAUGGUCGAGGCCGCGUACGACGUCGUCCUCAUGAGGAGCCUCAUGAAGCGCUCGCAGGGUGAGGUCUCGGACAAGACCGUGAAGUACGCGGACGUGCUCAGCCCGGGGGCGGCGGUGAAACAGAAGCUCCCCCCGGGGUUGAGGGACAUGAUGAACAAGCUCCCUCCCCGCCCCGCGGUCGAGGCGCCGGACCCGGAGACGUUGACCCAGAGCGGCAUCGCGCUGGGCGUGCUCGCCGCGCUCGUCCUCGCGCAGGGUUGCUCGCAGCCGCCCGGGGUGGACGACGCGCCCGGGGUGCAGCUCUCGCUCGCCAUGAUCGGCUCCGUCUGGUUGCUUCGGAAGAAGAAUCUCACGCUGACGCGCGCGAUCGCGCUGUCCGUGCUCGGCCUCGCCGCCGGGUCCGCGGUCGGGGGUGUCGUGGAGGGGUGGCUCAGGGUCGACCUCGUUCCCCUCGGCGCGCUGUCGUCGCCGUCCGCGGUCGUGAGCGAGUUCGGGUUGGUCGGCAUCUUCGCCGCGUCCGCGUUUUUGUUUUGAGACUGACGGCGGAGCGCGCGCGAGCGAGGCGUCGCGGGGCGAGGAGGAUUCGAGAGCGCGCGCCACUAGCAUACGAAGGAGUAUUUAGCGUUGAACCGUUCACACACGUUUUGAUUGUAAGAAUGAUUUUUUUCACG